ACCCAAUCCAAAUUGUCGGCAGCAGGUGCAGUUUAUCGGCAACAACAACAACAGCAACAACGGGAUCAGCUAACGGGACGCUUACCAGAGAAGCAAUGCACGCACUGUUGCUCGUGGUCCUGGCCUCUGCUGGGGCGCCUGUCCUCGGACUCCCCAGGCUGGAUGCGUCCCCGGCGGCCGCGCCGUGCCUCGCCCCGCUGCAGUGGGAGGGCAGGUGGGUGAUGUACGACCACAGCACCGGGAGGAACCGCCGAGCGUCCGUCUCCUACGACGCCCUGAAACAGAGGAUCCGAGUCCUGCAGCAGAACAAGAAACACGCACCGUGUCAGAAGUUCUAUGAGUACAUCUACUUGUACCAGAGCAUGGUGAUGUUCCAGAUCGACCAAAAGACCAAGGACUGCUCAAAGAUCGCUCUCACGGGGGCCUGGGAUCCCUUCGACAUCCCAGACAACUCCACCUUCGAGGACCAGUACUUCAUCGGGGGCCCCGGGGACAACGUGGAGGUUCAGGAGUGGUCAGACAGGAAGCCGGCGCGCCAACAUGAGACCUGGGUGGGCGUUUACACGCUGAAGGACUGCUACCCGGUGCAGGAGACCUACGCCCAGAACAGCAGCGUCACGACCUCCACCCGCUUCUUCAACCUCCACCUGGGCAUCAGCGACCCCGACGUCUUCAUCCCGCCCCCCACCUGCCAGUCAGCUCGGCCCGAGAGGAUGGCCGAGUCCGACUGCUGAGGCCUCGCCAGCCCUCAACUUUGAACCCGAGACACUAAGCAGCACCUCAAAAUCACUCCCUUGUUCACUCAUCCACUACUUCCUAAAUAGCAGACACACAAUAGUUCACUCGCUGUGAGAUUUCAGGCACUUAAUUAUAAUUAUUUUUUGCGUCGCUGCUUAUUAAAAGGUGUAACUUUUAGCAUCUAUGCAAGCCGUGACGCCGGGCGCCAAGUGGUCGGUCAGAGUGAUUUCAGACACAGUCUUUUGUCUCGUGGUUCAUAUACUUGUUGGUUAAUUUGCUGCUCCGCCCUCCAAGCUGCAACAUGACAAGCUAGCUCAUUGGGAUCCUUCAACAAUUAGCUUCAUGCUAAACAUGCGACUUUUAGUGUUGUUGGCACUCGUCAUUGCAACCAUUUAAUAUGUAUACAUGUUUAAGCUGCAUGGCUAACGAGCAGCAAACCGUUGGGUUUCAGAGAAGCGUUGUGACUCUGUGCUGACGAGUGUUUUGCUAAUUUUUUUGCUCACGACAGGCGGUUUGAUAUGAAUUCCAAAUAAUCCAUCAAACACGUGAAGUGCCUCAUCGACAUGAGUGGACAAGAUAAUAAAUACAAAUGAAAGGCGG